CUGGUCUGCUGUGAGGUGUGGAUCAUUGCCUUGAGCUUUAUCCACCCGCAAAGCCUACUGUCUUGGGAUUGCAGAGGUCACUCCUUUAAGGUCACCCCUUUAAGGAUCUCUUCUAAAAUUGCAGAAAUUAUGGAAGAGGCAAUUGAAACAACUCUCCAGGAUCUGGCCAGGGAUUAUUUUUUCCUCUUUUGUGUGCACUUCACAUGUGAUCGAACCUAUAAUGUGAGUCAUGAAGCAGUGGUGUAUCAGAAAGAACAUGUGACCAAGGUCAUAAUGGACAUCGUGGAUAGAUGGUACAUGUUUCCAGUCCCCUUCAAAGUAUUGAAAAGGGGAAUGAAUGACAUCAUCUGCCUCACCUUCAUGAGACCAUCAUAUGAGGCUAAUAAGAAAAGGGCCAUCAUCUGUGGGAUGCUUUAUCCAAUUGCUCACAUUCCUGGACUGACCAAUGCUGACAGGGAGGCCCUCAAGCAGCUGUUUCAUGCAAUUGUGAGGCGCCUGCUGACUGAGGACCCAACCGUUCCAUGCCUUAGAAUCCUCUUGGAAACGCUGACCGUUUAUUUCAAUGCAGACGAUGUGCAGGAAAGAGCAUUGGCUACCAGCAGCAUCCAUAUUUUGCUGGCAAAUGCAUUAAAAUAUAACAACCUGAGUAUUUGCCCACUGGCAGAGGAACAGGAGUGUGAGGGGAGCGUACCACCCCCGGCAGCGCGAUCCCAGUGGGGUGCCAUCGUGGCUGCAUCCCUGCCCACGCUGCGCACCAUGCCUCCACAGGUGGCACGCCACGCCCCCAGGACGCACACCUCGCCCCGACCCCGCCUGCUCUCCACUCCCCGUACGUUCAACCAGUAA